CUCAAUCUGUGCACGAGUGGAAGCGCCACAUCCUGCGAAGAGUGUCUCCUCAUCCAUCCCAAGUGUGCCUGGUGCUCCAAGGAGGAGUUCGGCAGCACAAAGUCCAUCACCUCCCGCUGCGACUUCCUGCAGAACCUUAUUGCAAAUGGUUGUGCUGGAGCCAUCGAGAACCCCAGCAGCAGCAUCAGUGUGGUGAAGAACGUCCCUCUGAGCAGCAAGGGUUCCGGCCAGACCCACCUAGACGUCACGCAGAUCACGCCUCAGAAGGUCGCCUUGAAUCUUCGUCCCGGUGACCGGACCUCCUUCCGAGUUCAGGUUCGGCAAGUGGAGGACUAUCCCGUGGACCUCUACUACCUGAUGGAUCUCUCCCUGUCCAUGAACGACGACCUAGAUAAUAUUCGCAAUCUGGGGACCAAGUUGGCUGAAGAGAUGCGAAAGCUCACUAGCAAUUUCCGGCUGGGGUUUGGCUCUUUUGUGGACAAAAACAUUUCUCCUUUCUCCUACACAGCACCAAGAUACCAAAACAAUCCCUGCAUUGGUUACAAGCUGUUUCCCAGCUGUGUCCCAUCCUUUGGCUUCCGCCACCUCUUGUCCCUAACGGAUAAAGUCGACCGUUUCAAUGAAGAAGUUCAGAAACAGAAGGUUUCCCGCAAUCGAGAUGCUCCAGAGGGCGGUUUCGAUGCAAUUUUGCAGGCUGCUGUGUGCAAGGAGAAGAUCGGCUGGCGUAAGGAGGCGUCUCACCUGCUGGUCUUCACGACAGAUGAUGUGCCCCACAUAGCCUUGGAUGGGAAGCUGGGGGGUCUGGUGCAGCCUCACGACGGCCAGUGCCACCUGAAUGAAGCCAACGAGUACAGCGCGUCCAGCCAGCUGGAUUAUCCGUCCCUGGCUCUUCUUGGGGAGAAACUCGCCGAAAACAACAUCCACCUGAUUUUUGCUGUUACGAAAAGUCAUUAUGUCCUGUACAAGAACUUUACUGCCUUGAUUCCUGGGACAACAGUGGAGAUUUUGCACAAAGACUCCAAGAAUAUCAUCGAGCUGAUCGUCAAGGCCUACAACAGUAUUCGGUCCAAGGUGGAGCUCACAGUCUGGGAUAGCCCUGAGGAUAUCGGCUUGACCUUCACUGCCACAUGCCAGGAUGGGUUAUCCUAUCCCGGCCUCAGGAAGUGUGGGGAUCUCAAAAUAGGAGAUACGGUUUCCUUUGAGGUGGCCGUGGAGGCACGGAGCUGCCCAGCCGAGGACACCUCUCACGCCUUCACCAUCAAACCCGCUGGUUUUCGGGACACUCUGGAGGUGGCAGUGACCUACAACUGCCUCUGUGGCUGCACCGGCCACGCAGCACCGGCCAGUGGCAAGUGCAGCGGCAACGGGACCUACGCCUGCGGGCUGUGCGAGUGCGAUGCCGGGUACCUGGGGGCCAGGUGCGAGUGCGAGGAGGGUGCCAGUGGGGACAUGCACCACGCCAUGUGCCGGGAGGCGGAGGGCAAACCCCUCUGCAGCGGGAGAGGGGAGUGCAGCUGCAACCAGUGCCUCUGCUACGAGAGCGAGUUUGGGAACAUCUACGGGCCCUUCUGCGAGUGCGACGACUUCUCCUGCGCCAGGUACAAGGGAGUCCUCUGCUCAGGCCACGGAGAGUGUCACUGCGGGGAGUGCAAGUGCCACGCCGGUUACAUCGGGGACAACUGCAACUGCUCCACCAGCACGGACGGCUGUGUGUCCAGCGACGGACAGAUGUGCAGCGACAGGGGCAGCUGCGUGUGUGGGAAGUGUCAGUGCACUGAGCCUGGGGCUUUUGGAGAAACGUGCGAGAAGUGUCCCACCUGCCCAGGCAUCUGCAGCACUAAACGGGACUGCAUUGAAUGCAAGCUGUUUAACUCAGGAAGACUGGCUGAUAACCAAACCUGCCAAAAGCACUGCAAGGACGAGAUCAUCACCACUGUGGAUGUUCUCGAAACAGAUGACCCGAACGCGAUCCUCUGUGCCUACCCGGUGAACAACUGCGUCAUGAAGUUCACCUACUCGGAGCUUGCCAGUGGGAAAUCCAACCUCACCGUCCUCAAAGAGCCAGCGUGCAGCUCAGCCCCCAGUGCCGUGACCAUCGUGCUGGCGGUGAUCGGCAGCGUGGGGCUGAUCGGCAUCAUCCUGCUGGGGCUUUGGAAGCUGCUCGUCACCAUUCACGACAGACGGGAAUUCGACCGAUUCCAAAGCGAACGCUCCCGAGCCAGAUAUGAAAUGGCAUCCAAUCCUCUCUACCGAAAGCCUAUUUCCACACAUAACGUAGAGUUCACGUUCAACAAGCUCAACAAGUCUUACAACGGUACGGUUGACUGAUGGGGUCUCAGUGCCUGGGACUGCUGUGGACAAUUGUUUAUGUGCUGCUUCCCCACGUGACGAUGGGAUCCUCUUCAAGGGUGAGAAUCCCUUACGACAGGACUGGUCGGUGGCCCACGCCUGUUAUUUGCACAGUAAGGAGAAAAGUGUGGUUCAUUCUGGAGGCACGGACGCGAAGGCAGGCUCCCCGCCUGUGCUGACGGACUCCGAGCCGUGCGCAACUCCGUACCCCAGCUUCCUGGAUAUAUUAAACCUGCCAACUAAGUCAACCAAGUGCCAUAUUGCAGCUUUAGACAUAUCCCAUUAGAAAGGGUGACUAGCUCAAAAAUCAGGGGAACCCAUGCCAUUGCAAGUUGUUGGGGGGGGGGAAUUAGCUUACAAAGAAGAGGGUGUUGGAAGCAUUUGUGUAAGAAAUUAGGAUACAAGAGUUCUGCAGUCUUUAGGAAUCUUUUUUUAUAUAAAAAAAUAAAACUAUUGUGCAUA